AUGAAGAUGAUAGAUCUACCAGUGGCCGACGCGGAGGAGCUAUUCAUGGUGUUGGAUUAUGACGGUUCGGGAGAGCUCAGUGUGGAUGAGUUCAUUGGUGGGUGUGUGAGAAUGAAGGGCCUGGCGCAGUCGAAGGACCUGCUGGCCGUCCAAGUAUCGAUGGAAGCCCUCGGGAAACGCUUAGAUGAAUUAGAAGGUUAUCUUGUUGAUUCCGAAAAAAAGGUAUUCAAUCUGGAGCGUAAAACGAAGAGGAUGGUCGUUGAAGCCAUGGAGUUCUUUGACCCCAAAGAGGAGCCCCUCUCCCCCUUGCCAGGCUCGAAUCACAGAUACCACCGUCCUCAGUUUCCUACAGUUAUCAGUUAA